AAUACAGUCCUCCUUCACUUUCCGGCAGGACCAAAUCAUGGAUCCUUUCCAACCGCCUACAUCAUCGCCAACACCUUAAAGGCUAUAAACGCGUGUGAAAAUGAGGAAAGGGAGAUUGGGCCUGGUGUCUUCGACUUCCUCCAGACCCUCCGUCCCUCGCCAUUCGCUCGGCGCAGAGUGCACAACUUAUUUUUGGAGGCAAUUGAAAAUCCUGCAGCUCUGCGCGAGGGUGUGGACAGAAUUGCAAUGCACAUGUAUUUUUCAGGGCUAGCGAAGAAUUUUAUGGGCGUUUCCGACUGGCUCAAGGGAGAUUCUCGAGCUUCAGAGGAGCAAAAGGCAUCUUCGAAACGCAUUGUGUGCCUGAACACGACUUGUCAGCGCACAAUGCAGCCACGCACAAGCAGGACCCCCGGCCGUAUCGGUGCGAGCAGUGCGGCCGCCAGUUCAGCACCUGCGCCUACCUCUCGCAGCACCGGCGUAUCCACACCGGCGUCAAGCCGUACGCCUGUAGAUACUGCGACCGGCGGUUCACUCAACUCAGUCACGUCCAACAACAUGAGAGAAUACACACUGGCGAAAAACCCUAUCGGUGAGUCCCCCUCCAACCAUGCCUCCACGUCGGACAGGCCUCCUGCCGCUCCACCGGUCAGUACAUGCUUCGCUACUCGAAAGCUGGCGUAG